AACUUAUAGAGAGAGAGAAGAGAGAGUGUCUGUGUGUGCAAGAAAGUCUUCUCUUUCACACCUUUCGUUUUCUCGAACCUCUCCUUUAAAGAUGGUGGAGGAAUCUUGGGUUUGACAACUCAUUAACACUGACCCUCUUUUUAGCUCUACAAGCAUCCAAGGAACCCUCUUACUUUUCCUUCUUCUUCAUUCCCUCUCUCUCAAUUCCUCCUCUUUUUUUACCUUGAUCUUCUUCUUAUAAGAGACUCAGAGCUUUCAAGCUUAAGAAAGGGAACUUCUUUGGGGAUGGGUUUGUGUAAAGAUUGAAACUUGACUAUCUGGGUCUUGAGUCUUGUGAGUGAAAAUUUUGUUUUUUUCAGGGGAAAAUUAGGGUUCUUAGGGUUGUGUAAGAGAUGGAGGAGAUAGAAGGAACAAACAGAGCAGCUGUAGAGAGUUGUCAUAGAGUUCUUAAUCUUUUACAAAGACCACAACAACAAGAUCGUGUUGUGUUUGACAGGAAUUUGGUAUCUGAAACUAGAGAAGCUGUGUUUAGGUUCAAGAGAGUUGGGACUUUGUUAAGCAGUAGUGUGGGUCAUGCUAGGUUUAGAAGAGCUAAGAAAGUUCAGACUAAUUUGUCUCAAAGCCUCUUUCUUGAUCCCUGUCAACAAAGAACUACAACAGAAGUUCCAUCAUCAUCGUCUCAGAAAACACCGGUACUCCGGUCUGGUUUCCAGGAAUUGAGCUUGAGACAACCUUCAGAUUCAUCACUCACUUUAGGGACUCGCUCUUUCAGUUUAAACUCAAAUGCUAAAGCUCCUCUCCUUCAGCUUAACCAGCAGACAAUGCCUUCUUCGAAUUAUCCUACUUUGUUUCCAGUACAACAACAACAGCAACAACAGCAGCAGCAACAGCCGUUUCAUGAACGGUUACAAGCUCACCAUCUUCAUCAGCAGCAGCAGCUGCAGAAACAUCAAGCUGAGAUUAUGCUUAGGAAAUGCAAUGGUGGGAUAAGUUUGAGUUUCGAUAACUCGAGUUGUACUCCAACCAUGUCGUCUACUAGGUCCUUUGUUUCUUCACUUAGCAUAGAUGGUAGUGUUGCUAACAUAGAAAGAAAGAACUCGUUUCAUUUGGUUGGGGUUCGGAGUUCAACGGAUCAGAAUUCACUACACUCUAAGAGGAAAUGCCCCCUGAAAGGAGAUGAACAUGGAGGCUUAAAAUGUGGGAGCUCUAGCCGAUGCCACUGCGCUAAGAAGAGGAAACAUCGGGUUAGGAGAUCGAUCAGAGUACCGGCUAUAAGUAACAAGGUUGCAGAUAUUCCUCCUGAUGAUUAUUCAUGGCGAAAAUAUGGUCAGAAACCCAUCAAAGGCUCUCCUUAUCCUAGGGGAUAUUACAAAUGCAGUAGCAUGAGAGGUUGUCCAGCGAGGAAGCAUGUUGAGAGAUGUUUGGAAGAUCCGGCAAUGCUUAUUGUUACUUAUGAAGCAGAGCAUAACCACCCGAAAUUGCCAUCUCAAGCCAUAACAACUUAACUCUCUUUCAUCUUUAUGGUUCAACAAAAACCUUCUCAUGUAUGUUAUGUUUUGUGCGCGAUGAUCGGCUUUGGGAUUGCUGCAAUGUUGUGAUAUAUGAUCGGAGCAAGUGCUUUUGUUGGGGUGGAUUUGCUUGUGAGAGUUUGCUGCAAUUGUUGGAUUUGAGUAAAGGGGUUAAUGUAGGAUUUGUCAAGACUCUUUCUCUUAAGUUUAUUGCUCUUGAUGAUUAAUAGUUUCUGGCUAUGUAUUUUUUUUUUCUCAAGUUCGCUUUUUAUUAUUUGGUUUGGUGCUAUUAGAAUUUGGAGAUUGGUGCUUAGUAACUUAAAUAUAUGAUUAGGGAUAAAGAAUAUUGGAUUCUGUUCUGUGUUUUUCAGCUGAGAAAUACAUGAAUCAUAUUGAAUCAA